AUCACAUUUGGUAUGACAACAUACGCCAACCGCCAAUUAUACAUAUAAUAGGGACACGAAGCUGAGAAAUUAAACAAAUCCCAGGCUGGGAUUGACUAGACUGUGUGUAUGACUUUCACUUACGAAAGUGGUGAUAACUAUCGAAAAAUAUAAAUGGUAUAAAUUGUUAAUCCUUCGCUAUCUUUCGAAAUUGGAAUAAUCAAUUUGUAAACAAAGGAUAAUGCUGUAAUUAUACAGCAUUAGCAAACGGUUGGCAAAUCUCGUGGAGUCAUUAUUUGGCAAACUUUUGUAAUGGGGAGCGAAAGUCAUUUGUGUGGUUGGCAUUUACCGCCUAUUGAAGCGCCCAAUGUCGCCGAAACUCGUCCAAAAAUCAAAUGUACACAACGCGUUAUGAACAGAAUGAAAUUUAAAACCAAACCGUCUGAAGCAGAGCAAUUUCGACAUUUUUCUGACGCAGGGAGAUAUAUUGAUGAAUAUCGAAAAAAAAACAGUGUCGCAAGCCGUGGGACGAUGGAAUGGGGAGGAAGUAAUGUGGUUAAUAAUAAAAGCAUGGAAGGAACAGCGGAUGAUGAAAAGUUUUCAAAAUAUAUUGAUAUAAGGUUUGUAUUACGAGAUUGACAUUUUUCAUCAUAUAUUUAGUGGAGUUUUAAUGAGCAAACAAGGCACGGACAAUGAAAUUUGAUUUACAAUUGAUUUACAAUUGUCAAUUUAUCUUCGUCGAUCAGGUUCCGACAAUGAGCUAACAAGCGUAUAGCGUAAAAUAUUUAUCAUUUGCGAUGUUGGGUACGAUUACAGGUCGGAUUAAAGCUAGAAAACGUAGGAGUUUUGGUAAUCUUAUACGCCUUUUAACAUGAAUAGCAUUUUUAGGGCUGUUUAUCUGACCUUUUGGCUUGCUAAUACUGAAAAAUAUGUUAAUGACUUUUGACAGAUCGUUUUUACAAAUGCGUGAAAAUGGAACGUAGGGAAAACGCCAUGCACGUGAGAAAAAUAAAUAGUUUUUAUAAAAUUCAAAUCUUUUUUAUAUGCACAUACAAUAAUAUAUAUACAAGCAAUAAGCGUUGCAGUUUCCGCGAAAAAACUAGUCACGCGCUUUCGAAACGUGAUAAUAUGUCUUUCGCAGCUGGCAAAAAAAUACAGCACUGGAUAGCGCUAUCUACCUGAUAAUGAUUAUAAGUUACGGAUAAGUUAUAAGUUACGGAUAUGCACCCCAUAAGUUACGGAUAUGCACCUCACAAUUGGUGAAAAGAAACUUCAGUUUAUAAAUAAUAAAAUUUAAUCUGGGUUAUACCAAUCAACGAGUUAUUUUAGUAAGAUUGAAAAAAUCACUUGUCCGGUAGAUUGAUCCAGCCUUCGCGCCUUCGUACAACCGACAAAAAGUACUUGCAUUUUUGUAUUCGAGCCAAAGCAUACAUUAGUACAUUACUAAACUUUAUUUGCCUCUUAAAAGUACUUAUCCCAGUGAAAUUAUAUGAGUGAAUUCACAUGAAACACCCAAAAAGGCCUUCCAAUGUUUUAACUGUUGGCGUGGUUUAAUAUGCAUGAGCCGUAAAAAUGAUGUAAAAGACUGGUUUUAAUACACUAUCAAAGUUUCUGUGAUCACAGUAGGAAUUUUGCACAGGUAAAUUCUAAGUUUUGAAGGAUUUGUAAGAAAUAUUUGAGCUAAACGUUGCAGUUUAAACAACUACGCCUACGGCCGUACUAGAAUGGCAGAAUGCUCAAGGGAAUACAAUUACGUUAUAGUCGCCUUUGAAAAUUAAUAUACGUAAAUUGCAUUACACUGUGACAAUACACUUGCUUUCGCCUUUAUAUUAUAUUGCAACAUCUAAUAACCAUAUAACUAUUAGCCUGAGUAUCAGCCCCUAGGGGCUUCUAUUACUGAAGCCUGCCGCACACCAGAGAAACUUGCCGGAGCUGAACGCCUCGCGUGGCGGCUAGCUCAUCCAUGCAUUUUCACCGCACACGUUGGGGAAGCUACUCAACAGCAACGUCGACAUAUAGACAGCUCUGUAUAUGUAUCUACUCUGUGUCGUUGAUAAGAUCGUUUGCAUUUCCCUCCAUUGUCGCCAUUUCGACAAAAGUCACGUGAAGAAACUAUGGGUUCUCAUUGGCUACUUAAUUCAAACAGCUCAGUACUAAAAACUCGCAUGUGCAACAUCCGCAGACGUUGAGAUUUUUUCCUCGCGAAGUGAAAAAUAUCAAACACGAUAGAUAUUUUUCUCAAGUUUCUGUGAUCACAGUAGGGAAUCAGUCUUGCAUAGGUAAAUUCUAAGUUUUGAAAGGAUUUGUAAGAAAUGUUUGACGAAACUGACUCGGUGUUUAACACACCAUUUCUUACAAAUCCUCCAAAACUUAGAAUUUAACUCCUACUGUGAUCACAGAAACUUUGAUAGUGUAAUAACCAGGCUUAAGUAAUUCUUACAACCAAACAAAUCCAGUUUUAUAGUAGAUGAAAAAAAUAAUUAUUUUUUCACAAUGCAAAUGAAAAAAGUACUAAAAAAGCAACAGGAACUACGCUUUCUUAAAAUAAAAUAAAACAAAAUUGGAAACAAAUUUCAGUGAAACAUUCAUCUUGCAACACUCUUUCCAAUCUAGAGUUCCAGAGAAGAAGAUUUGCCUGACAGGUUUACCACAAUUGAGACCUCCACCCAAGCACGUCAUUCGAACGAGGGCAAUCCACGAAACAUCGGAGGGAAGACCAUUUCUCGCCGGCGUCCCCCAUCUCCCUCACUUGAAGUUAAGCGGGGCUACAAAGACUGUAGUGAAACGAAAAAUGAACAGAAAUGAUGAACAGAAACAUAAAAGAACACAUUGCAAGAAGAAGCAAGGCAGACUGCCAUAUUUAAAACCUCCAGAACUAGAAAUGUGAUGGGAAUUAGGUCUUAUAGGCCGUGUAGAUAAAAUACUCAAAUGCGCAAAACUAAGGGACCGUUCAUUAUUUAUGGCAGGGGCCGAAGAGAAAAGGAUCGGGUAAACAAAAUUUUGAGCGAGUAUAAAAGAUUGGGUAAAUAAAAAACAAAAUAACUCACGUGUUGGGUAAUAAAAAUUCAUUGUUAUUUCCAAAGCAUGGCUCACUCAAAUAUAUUGAAGACUAAAAAGUAAUUUCAACAGUCAUAAUACAAUAUAUAAAUCAAUCAAUCAGAGUCAUUGUCUGAUUGGUUAUUUGGCAAACGGUGUCUCCAAAGAAAGUACAUCUGCAGACAACAUGAAACUAUAGAAUGCCAAAAAUUGCACAAGCAGUUAUCCAACUCAUGUCACAGAAGAGGUAAAGGACACGUGUGACAACUGAAUGGUAUCUUUUUGGUCAGGGAUGGGUAUUUAUUUUCUAAUUGAUAUAUUUUUGAGGUUAGGUAAAAUUUAUUUUUACUUUUCAGUGGUUGGAUUAGCCAAAUUUUUACCAAGAAAAACAUUUCACUUCGGUGUCUUCCCCCGCCAUAAAUAAUAACCGUUUCCUAAUAAGCCAAUUCAGAGUUUGAACUGCGCAUCCAAUUAAAUGACGCAUGCUGCGUGGGAUAAAUUACAGUUGAACUAUAAUAUCUGGCUGAGACUGGAAGAAUUAAAAUAUGCAUAUCAAAGUAUUAUUCAACUGUUCAAUCAUCAUUUGUGUUUCACUAUAGCUCCAAUUGAAUUGUCAUUAA